AAUGGAUUCUGAAUUAAUAGACAGUAUAGUCGGAAGCUAUCUUAAACCUCCAGAAAGAGGGUUUGUUCCAUCAUUCUCCCAACAUGAAACAUCUCAGAAUUGCCACCCUGUGAACGUAGAAGUUACCUCUCCUAAAAUGUUUCAUAGUCCAAAUAGCCAAGCUCUUAUCUUAGCUCUAAAAACGCUUCAGGACAAGAUUCAUCGUUUAGAGCUAGAAAGAACACAAGCUGAAGAUAACCUGAACAUACUGUCCAAAGAGGCUGCACAGUAUAAAAAGGCUUUGGAAAAUGAAACAAAUGAACGCAAUCUGGCACACCAGGAACUGAUAAAGCAGAAAAAAGAUAUAAGUAUACAGUUAACUUCAGCCCAGUCUCGCUGUACUCUUCUAGAGAAGCAACUGGAGUAUACAAAGAGAAUGGUUCUCAAUGCAGAGCGAGAGAAGAAUAUAAUCCUAGAACAACAGGCACAGCUUCAAAGGGAAAAAGAACAAGAUCAUAUGAAGCUGCAUGCAAAACUUGAAAAGCUUGACAUCUUAGAAAAAGAAUGUUUUAGACUUACAACAACACAGAAAACUGCUGAGGACAAGAUUAAACAUUUAGAGGAAAAACUUAAGGAAGAAGAACACCAGCGUAAGCUAUUUCAGGACAAAGCUUCUGAGCUUCAAACUGGACUUGAAAUCAAUAGAAUUUUAAUGUCUUCAGUUUCAAAUCUAAAACACUCUAAGGGAAAGAAGAAAUCUUCAAAGAAAACUAAGUGUUUGAAGAGAGGGCUCCCUCAGCAAAGUUACUCAACAUUUGGAGCACCACCUUUUGUGCCUGGGAAGAUGACGCAAAGUUGUGGCCCACACACCCUUGAGAAGCACGCUAAAGUGACUGAGCCUCGAUGUUUCCCCAAGCCUAGCAGAACUCCCCAGUGUAGACCUGCACCUCCUAACUCAGAAAAUUCCAUUUCUAUUUGUGAUAAUUUGUCUGAACUGUUGAUGGCAAUGCAAGAUGAGUUGGACCAAAUGAGUAUGGAGCAUCAAGAACUUUUGAAUCAAAUGAAGCAAACUCAGAGCCAUUCAGCCUGUGAAGGCAUAGAAAGUGAACUAGAGCAUUUAGUCAAGAAAAUGGAAAUUAAAGGAGAACAAAUUUCCAAACUGAAGAAACAUCAAGACAGUGUCCAUAAACUGCAACAAAAGCUGCAAAACUCAAAGAUGAGUAAAGCUUCAAGUAUUCAACGAGAAGACAGCACCCUUAAAGGAUCAAAGAACAUAAAAAAUAGCCCUAGAAAAUGUUCUCAUGAAACUAGCCCUAUUCAGAAAAACAGCACCUUUCCUCCAAAGCGAGUCCAUAAUCUUCAAAUGAAAUUGAGAAAAGAUGACAUCAUGUGGGAACAGUAACACAAUAGCAAAACUGUCACCUCAGAUGAACUCUGUCAGUGAGAUCUUGAAGGCCUAAAGUGGUUUUAAGUUAAUAUACCUUUAUGAAAAUUGGAAUUAUGUUUCUAGCCUCUAUAAACUGUGAAGUUGUAGUACUUUUAAAUUAACG